UGAAAAUGGCUGAAUCUGUUGCAAGGCGUAAAUUCUUCCGAUUUAUGGAAUGGCAUUGGUCGUUUUAAUAUUGAAAACAAAACUGAUGGCCUUUUAGUAAAUUGUUCUUGGACGUGAUACAAUUGUUGAAACGAAAAUAGUAUUACGAGCGUCAAAGUCAAAUGCAAUUUUUGAAAAUUACCUCUCAUUUGGGAACACUAUGUACUUACUAUAGUAGCUCUAUCUAUUGCAAACGAGCGGUUCAAUGGUUCAGAGAAGAAAGAUACAAGUACCAUAUUCCAUCCAUAUACAUAUUGUGUUGAUUGGGGAAGGCUGUGUGCGGCCGGGUGUUUUGUGGAUAAUCCACUACUUUCAUAUUUCUACAAUUUAUUUAAAUACGAAUGCCAGAGAAGAGAAUAAAUAUAAUUUCGAAAAUAUUCUCUUAAAAAAAUAAGCUACGAUGACGAAAGAUGAAUCUAUGGAAAAAAAAUCAGUUGAAAAUAAUGACACUGAUAAGAAGGCUGCAUCUGAAACAGGUCCAGAUCCAUCAGCACCGAUAACAAGAAGAGGCGUAUUAACAUCAUUCUUGACUGGAAAGCCAAUGGAAAUACCAGAACAAGAUAUUUUAGGUAAAUGCAGAUUUGUAUCAGAGUUUGAAAAGUUAAAUCGUAUAGGGGAAGGUACAUAUGGAAUUGUGUAUAGAGCAAGAGACACCAAAAAUGACAAAGUUGUAGCAUUGAAGAAAGUUCGGAUGGAACAUGAAAAAGAUGGACUGCCAGUCAGUGGUCUCAGAGAAAUAUCUGUUCUUUUAUCUUGUCGUCAUGAAAACAUUGUACAUUUAAGAGAAGUGGUAGUGGGAAGAAGUCUAGAAAGCAUAUUCCUCGCAAUGGAAUAUUGCGAACAAGACUUAGCAAGUUUAUUGGAUAACAUGCAAGCUCCAUUUUCAGAAAGUCAAGUCAAGUGUAUCGUUUUACAAGUGUUAAAGGGUUUACGUUAUCUGCAUCAUAAUUUUAUUGUACACAGAGACUUGAAAGUUUCAAAUCUUCUUAUGACAGAUAAAGGGUGUGUAAAAAUUGCCGAUUUUGGAUUAGCUAGGUGGUUUGGUUUGCCUUUAAAACCAAUGACACCUAGGGUAGUAACAUUAUGGUAUAGAGCCCCUGAAUUAUUGUUACAAGCUAAAACUCAAACAACUUCCGUAGAUAUGUGGGCUGCUGGUUGCAUUCUAGGAGAGUUACUUGGACAUCGACCUUUAUUACCUGGACGUUCAGAAAUUGCGCAGUUAGAACUAAUUGUUGACUUGUUGGGUACGCCAAGUGAAGCAAUUUGGCCUGAAUUUAACACCCUUCCUGCGUUACAAAACUUUACAUUGAAACAACAACCAUAUAAUAAUUUGAAACAACGGUUUCCCUGGUUGAGUGCAGCAGGUUUAAGAUUAUUAAAUUUCUUAUUCAUGUAUGAUCCAAAGAAAAGAGCAACUGCUGAAGAAUGUUUACAAAGCAGUUAUUUUAAAGAAGCUCCAUUACCGUGUGAUCCUAAGCUUAUGCCUACAUUUCCACAACACAGAAAUAUGAAAAAGGCUGCUCCACCGAAAGAAACUAGAGAACCAGAGGCAAAUGUUACAGAUCAAACGAAUAACUUACCUGCAAUUUCGGAUCUUCUUGGAUCGCUUGUUAAGAAGAGACGAGUUGAGUAAUUUAAAACUAUAAUUAUAUUCAUAACUUCGGGUAGAAUCGAAACACUCUUGAUUUUCAAUUAUAAAGAAAUUUCAUUACAAUUUCUACAAGAUGG